UGUAACAUAAAUGUGAGCUCGACGCCGCUGAGACACGCCGUGAGGGCGCCAUGUAUGGCCAGUGUGAUCUUCCCCCUGGAUUUUGGUAUUACCGCAUUUCCGUUUCCCCUUAGCAAUGGCGGCUGCUACUAAUGUUUAGAUGUUUCGUGUCUUGGUCUUCUGGUGCGUGUUUCUGUAAAGCUAUGCGGGACGUUUUGUUUCAGACAUGCUGUUUCUGAUGAAUAAGUAUUCGCGUACGAUUGAACUGCGUCAAUGGGACCAACAUGCUGCUGAAAAUCAGACACUAAUCUGCUGAUACACCUUUUUGUUAUUAAUUAGCAGUUAGCUUGCUAGCGUCUUCACGUACCGGUUUUGCUAGCCAGCCAAACCAGUCGGGUUAACUGAAUAUUCACAGCACGGCAAAUCUGCGUAUAAUUUUAGGGUCAGAUUUGCUGUCUACGUUUGAAAUUUUAAACUGUUAAACUGUCGAAGUGCACAUCAUCUUCCGCAGUUUUUGGCAGACUGUCUCUGCAGCUGUCAGAAAGCCGUCAGCGCAGGUGUCAGUCCCGAGCAGUGGAUCCGCUGUAAGAGAUGCCGGGAUUUGAAACGGACAAGGAGGAAUCUGACCGAUUGAUAGAGAAAGCAAAGCUAUGUCUACGGUCAGGACGGAAGGAGAAAGCUCUACAGAUGCUGUACGAAGCACAGAAGAUCUACCCCAGCACCCGAGCCAGAGUUCUCAUUGAUGCCAUUGUGAAAAAUGGGAGCGCAGCAGCCCCUGAAACAGAGCGCACAUACACUCCUCCGCCCGGCUGGAGGAAUGACGAAGAUGGCCCUGGCCAGCGGCAUCACCAGCAUCACAGUGCGGGAGAGGCGCGUGCGAGUGAGGGGCCCAGUGACGACAAAAAGAGCUAUACUGAAGAGCAGAGACAGGGGGUCCUCAGGAUAAAGAGAUGUAAGGACUUCUAUGAAAUUUUGGGAGUGCCGAAAGAUGCCAAUGAUGAGGACUUGAAAAAGGCCUACCGAAAGCUUGCCCUGCGCUUUCAUCCAGACAAGAACUUUGCUCCUGGGGCCACUGAUGCAUUCAAAGCCAUUGGUAAUGCCUAUGCAGUGCUGAGUAACCCAGAGAAGAGGCAGCAGUAUGAUCAGUAUGGGGAACAGGGUGCCACUGAGCCAGCCAGUCACUCUUCAGCCCAGCCACGUCACACACACGGACACCAUCGCACCUUCCACAGGGACUUUGAGGCUGAUAUCUCCCCUGAGGAGCUCUUUAAUAUCUUCUUUGGGGGCAGGUUCCCAACAGGCAACAUCCAUGUGUACACCAACAGAGGAGCCUCUUAUGCCCAUGUAUACCAGCCACGCAGACGUCGUGCAUAUGAGCGACGAGAAGAAGAGGUAGAAGACAACCGCAGCCAGAACACGUUCACAGCCCUCCUGCAGCUUCUCCCUGUGCUGGUCCUCGUCCUCAUCUCUGUAGUAACCCAACUGAUGGCAACCAACCCUCCUUACAGCCUCUUCUACAAACCGUCCAUGGGUUUGGUGGUGAGUAGGGAGACCCAGCACAUGGGUGUACCCUACUAUGUAGAUAAGAGCUUUGAGAAGGAGUACCGUGGGGCAGCUCUUGAUGAGCUAGAAAAGACCAUUGAGAGCGACUACAUAGAACAUCUACAGAGCAGCUGCUGGAAAGAAAAACAACAGAAGUCGGACCUGGCUAAUUUGGGCCAGCUUUAUCGGGAUGAACGGCUGAAGCAGAAGGCCGAGACCAUGAAGCUGGACCACUGCGAGAAGCUGCACCGCUUCUUGGGCCGCCAGAGGGGUGACUGAGAGUGGGCUUCUCUCCCAGCAUGCUCUCCCCCAAAAGAGUUCUUACUGUCAGUGAUUAAUUUUGAAUUAAUCUGUGCAGGUCACUUUCUUGGAAGGGAGAGAUGAUGCAAGUAGAGAGGUGGUCUGAGAUGUAUUUAGGUGAGAGCAUGGUGCCUUUUGCCCUGCUGCCUGGGGAAAAGGCCACUAGCAUGCUGAAUUACACUGGAGCUGCUGGGAGCGAUAAAUUCAGUCUUCUGCAACAGAGAGGCCUCCUUGCAGAGGGUGUGUUUGUGUGUGUGUUUGUGCCAGAGCUGGGUUUUAUUUCCUUACAUUAAGGAACUUAGGCUCCAGGCUUGCUGACAGGGUUGAUGCUAGAGAUCCUCCUGUUCACACUCCCACUUUAUUGGAUGCCUGCCUGAGUUUCAUUAGUACUAUUGUUUAUUUAACUGACUUCAAAUAAUACUGACUAAAAAAAAUUAACUUAUUUAUUUUCUUUGUUUAUGUGAAGUGAGUUAUUUUUAGGUGUAUCUAAUGACACUGAAAAGCUUUCAGUUGAACACUAAGAUUAAUACAUUUCCCCCCCCCACAUUGGCUAAAGUUGAACGGUUGCAAACGACAGGGUCGAAAAACAUAAAUGCUUCAAAAAGCUCUUCCAGAAGUGUUUGUGUACAAACUUGAAUCAACUUUCACAUAUUUAAAUAAGUGAAAGUGAUGUAUCAAUUCUUGACAAUGCUCCCGAGGUCUAGCAUCACAAGGCAUUAACUCAGUCUCGUUAAGAGUCUUGUGUUGUGGAGAGGGAAAAAUGUCUUUUGUCUGUGUUCUGAAAUCUUGCCAAAAGCCAUUAUCUCAGUUAUAUAUUUUUUUUUCGUAGAUUCAUUUAUACAUUUUACUCUUACCAAAUUCCAAAAUUUUGUGUUGCAUGCAGCCCAGUGGGAGAUUCCCUUUGCUUUGUGUUAUACAGUGUUCAACACAGCAAAGUCAGGUUAAAUUUAUUUUAGAGCUCUUGCUUAUAGCCUACGCACAAAGGAAUUACUUGUAACUUUUCAGUUGUAAAGCUGGUCAUAUGUUGUACCUCAGAUUAGUCAGCACUAGUCAAGAAGUUCAAAAUGUGAUAGCCUUUUUAAUAUAGCUCACAUGGGGGCCUGAGAGCCAGGCUAAUGUCCUAAAGGAUGUAAUGGGAAAAGCUUGGAAGGGCAGAGGCUAAUUUAAAUAAUGUGUGAGCUGUAGCCAUGUUGCCCUGUUGGCACUCUACGGCCAAGUUAGUUGGUGCUGAGUAAGAUUUUGUGCUGGUUUAAUAAAACACUGAGCAUUG